CUAUACAUACUUUUAUUACCUUUUGACCGUUUUGUUUUAUAUUUUUUAUUGUUAAUGUUACGUUCCUUAUUUUUUAAUACUGAGGACCUGCUGUCCAUGUUGGUUGCUGUACAUAGGCUUGGUUUUCUGGAUUUCCCCAUUGGUACUGGUUUCUUUCCAGGUGUGGGGAAACUUUUUCCUGGAGUUCCUGCGCUAAAAACGCCACUUGUCUCUUCAGCUCCUGGAUUUCUAGAUUCUCUUCCGUACGGUUUCGCAUAUCCAUUAUUCUAUUUCUCUCCCAUGGGUGUGUCGCUUGCCUGUGGUCGAAUCGGCAGUUUCUUUCGUAGGGACAUGUCUCUCCUCUCUCAACAUACCUGCAUUUUAACCUGUCGCUUCGCAGCGUUUGUCUCCCUUGCGUUAUUUCGUUUUCCCUUCUGUCGUUCGGGCCGUGGCUAAAAUUACAUCUAUAACCAAAUUUACAUGGUAUUCCUUUUUCAUAGUUCCAGCACAUUUUUGUGUUGUUGGUUCUAAUUUUGGGCGUUUCUUCUCUAUUACGUCCUGGUGAGGUUUGGUGAACUCUAUCCUUCCAUUCCAUUAGUGACUCACACCAUUUAUUUAUUUUCUUCUCGAGUCUAUUGUAAAUCUUUUCCUCCAUUUCUGUGUGAUCGUCUACAUCUAUCUCCUUUUCUUUUAAGAUUUCUUGAGUCGGAACUUUUUCCAGCUCGAUGAUCUGCGGUUGUAACAGGGCGUGGCGGUACGUCCACCUACCCAGGUCCUCGGUCCGGCUGCGGGAGGGUUUCCUCCCACGGUAGUUGAGAGUAGCGUCGAUUACAAACAAGAACACAGGAUUCUAUGAUUCCCUCUACGUCUGUAUUACCGUACGCUUCUUGGCAUCUGGGGCAUUCUACAAUGUCAUUGGAGAAGCGAUGGGUGUACAGAAAGCGACAGUUUGCAGAGUGUUGGACGCAGUGCUAGACUGCCUUGUAAAUGUCGCUAGCGAAUGGAUCGCAUUGCCAACAUCAAGACCGAUUGGCAGAGAUCAAGGUUGGAUUUUACCGAAAGUGGCAGUUUCCGGGUGUCAUCGGGUGUGUGGAUGGAACGCAUGUUGCAAUUCGAACGCCUCCACGAAACGAAGAUGUAUUUGUGUGCAGAAAAGGGUUCCACAGUAUCAAUAUCAUGCUGAUCGACGACCACAAGAACAGGAUUACAGCAGUAUCAGCUCGAUUCCCUGGUUCUUCUCAUGACAUGGCAGUCUUCGACUGCUCCAAUAUCCAACAGAGGAUGGAGAACGGAGACCUGGAAAAUAAGGGGUUACUCCUGGCAGACAGUGGGUAUGCCUUGAGGCCAUACCUCAUGACCCCUGUCUUGCGACCUCACAACGACCAAGAGGUCAGAUACAAUGCUGCCCACAAGGGGACAAGGGUAAGCAUUGAACAGGCCAAUGGCAUCCUGAAGAGCCGAUUCAGAUGCCUUGAUAGAUCCUCAGGAGGCCUCUUCAUUGAAGCAGGCAAGGCCUGCAAGGCGAUUGUUGCAUGUUGUGUUUUGCACAUGUGCAUAACGUUUCACGACGUGAUGGUAGAAAUGCUACCAAAUGACGUACAUAACGAUGACGUAGAACGCUGUCCGGAAUUAGACGUAAACGGUAGGAUAGUUCGAGAUAAUCUGAUUCGAAAUGCGUUUUAAUGUCAUUUACAGUGACCCAAUUUAAAGUGACAUACAUAUUUACGUUCACUCACCUGUAGUUGCCAUUUAUUCUUCAUGUGUAUUGUUCAUAUGUCUGACUAUAAAUACAAAAAUAAUGUAGAUUAACAUUUUAAAAUUAAAAAAAGAUCUAAUAACCAUUAAUAACAAUUUAAUAAACUGCUAACUAGUUAAUUAACUAGUUGUACAGCAUACUCACGUUCUUUUGUAAUGUUUCUAAGUUCGUUUAUCAGUUCGUCAUGUCUUCUAUUUCUGUCAAAAUUAAUGGUUUUGAAAUUAUGCUUAACUUUAGAUUUAAACUGUUAUAUGUUAUAAACAGUUUAGCAACUUAGUCUCAUGGAUAUGGACAGUAUAAUUAAUUAAAAUAAUUUGUUUUUCAUCGUAAUCAAUUGUCACAUUGACGGUAAUAAUAAAUUAAGUUUGUCGUUCAAUGCACAAAUGUUUGUCAGCAUUUAUUCAAUAAUUAAAAUUGCGACUGCUGCCACUAAUUAUCACACACCUCUCUAUCUGCUCUUGUCUUUUUAUUGCGAUAUAUUCAGUUUCAAAUGAGCCUGCAAGUUAAAUUUUAUUGCAUUUAAUUGCAUUAAAAUGCACUAAAGUUUAUUGCAUACAGAAACUAUACUAGGGAUUGAAAUUCAUAUUAUGUUUAUAUUAUCUGUAAAUGAACCUAAUACUGAAUAUAACAUCAUUAAAUAAGUUCAUUCGGUUGGUAGAAUAAAAAUUAACGUUGUUAUU